AUGAAGCGAAGAAGUCUGGCUCCGUCAGUUUCGCCAACUUCCCGCGGUGCACGUAUUGUAGUACGAUCUAUUGACAUUGAUGAGAUUGAUGCGCAACAAAAGCGUAAGAAAACGACGGUUGGCGGCAGUUUAAUGUUUCGUGGAACUCGACAUACCCGUAAGUUUCGAACAGGUGUUUGUCAUUUAAUUACACUGUUCGAAACUCGGCCACUACGAGACAAUUCGGAUCGCUUAAUAAACCCGUAUAGAAUUAUGUGCCUCGAUUCAUUAGCUGAUUUGAUGAUAAAGGAGCGUGAUAAGCAUGAAGAAUUGAUACAGAAGCUAUUAAGUAGACCAUUUCGCGUGCCUGUGCCGGGUUAUAUAAGUUCUGGAACAGCUCCUGCUCUCGGACUUCGUCAUUCAACCAUUCGAUGUGCCUUACAUGAUCCGUAUGCAGAAGGAGCACUUGUAUUAUUCACGCCUCCAAGUAUGAAUGCUCAUGACGCCUUAAAAAUUGAGGAAAACAAAAAACAGGUGCAUGUAGUUGUCGACCCAGCUAUAACCUGCGUGUUGAGGCCACAUCAGCGUGAAGGUGUAAAAUUUUUGUAUGAUUGUGUCACAGGAAAUCGAAUUGAACAAGCAUAUGGCAGUAUAAUGGCUGAUGAAAUGGGGCUUGGAAAGACCUUGCAAUGUAUCACAUUGAUAUGGACACUUCUCCGACAAGGUCCGGAAGCGACACCAACUAUAAAUAAGGCAAUUAUUGUUUGCCCGAGUAGUUUAGUCAAAAACUGGGAUAAAGAAAUAAUAAAGUGGCUUGGCGGCCGACUUAACUCAUUAGCCGUGGAUUCAGGCAAAAAAGAGGAAAUCGAUAAAAAUUUAGAGAGUUUCGUGGCGCAAACGGGUAUACGAUGUCCAACGCCAGUACUUAUUAUUUCAUAUGAAACAUUUCGUCUGCAUGCAUUAAUUUUACAGGCUAAAGAAAUAGGUCUUGUGAUAUGUGAUGAGGUGAAAUAUGAAUUAAUAAUAUGCUGCCAACUGACUGAUGUACAGGAAAAGUUAUAUAAGCGAAUCGUUUCUUCGAUAAAAAUCAAGCAAGACAGCAAAGAUGAAGGUAGGAUGACCGGCGCUGCAUUAUCCUAUAUCACAAAUCUAAAGAAAUUAUGCAAUCAUCCUCAGUUAAUUUAUGAAAAAUGCUUGAAUAAAGAAGAAGGUUUCCAAGAUUGCAUUGGACUCUUCCCUUCUGGGUUUAACGCCAAGUCAUUUGAGCCAGCAUUUUCGGGUAAAAUGAAGGUUCUCGAUUAUUUACUUGCGAUCGCAAAGAAAACUACUAAAGAUAAAUUUGUACUGGUAUCAAAUUAUACACAAACAAUCGACUCUUUUGUUGAGCUUUGUAAAAUGCGAAAUUAUUCGUAUGUACGAUUGGAUGGUAGUAAUUCUAUCAAACAGAGAGCAAAGAUCGUGGAAAAGUUUAACGAUCCUGAGAGUCCAGAAUACGUAUUUUUAUUAUCUUCAAAAGCAGGUGGAUGUGGUCUAAAUCUUAUUGGUGCGAAUCGUCUGGUAAUGUUCGAUCCUGAUUGGAAUCCUGCGAAUGAUGACCAAGCUAUGGCAAGAAUUUGGAGAGAUGGGCAAAAAAAACAUUGCUUUAUCUACCGUUUGUUGGCGGUCAGUUGUGUAACUUGGGGUUUUUGGGGUUUUAAAAUGGUAAGAAGAUAUAACGAUAAGGAGAUACUGGCUUCGAGAAGAGUACAGAAAGAUCUAAGAGGGGCCGGAACAAUCGAAGAGAAAAUAUUUCAACGACAAACCCACAAAAAAGCAUUAUCGUCAUGUGUCGUGGAUGAGGAGAUGGAUGUUGCACGCCAUUUUAGCAAAGAGCAACUUCGACAUCUAUUUGAACUUAAAACUGAUGUGGCAUCCGAUACGCACGAUUCCCUGAAAUGCAAGCGUUGUAUUAAUGGCUUGGAGUAUAGGGAACCGAGAGAAUCAGCUGAUACUAAUUCGGACCUCAGCGAAUGGUUUCAUGCUCAACGUGAUAUGCGCAAAGUGCCUGAUCAGGUAUCGUAA